AUGUCCAAGGUCCAACUGCAAGAGCGAUACAACAAGUUCAGCAAAGCAGCGAAGUUCAAUUUGAACUCCGAGGAGCUCUUCUGUGUCUGCAGGAGUGUUGAUGAUGGAGAGUUGAUGGUUGCGUGCGAUGGAUGUGACGAAUGGUUUCAUUUCCGGUGCAUGAAGCUUGAUUCCAAGUACAAAGACCUAGUGAACAAUUUCUACUGCAUUUUCUGCAACGAGCUGUUCCACAAGGGGUCUACCUUAUGGAAGAAGAAAUGUCGCCUGGAAGGAUGUUAUAAGCCGGUGAGGAUCGACAAUAGCACGCAAAAGGUGAGUAAGUACUGUUGUGACGAGCACGGUGUCGAAUACAUGCAAAACGAGUUGCUGAAGAGGUUCAGCGAGUCUACCAAAGAGUGCAAAUUGUCAGAGCCAGAAAUCGUGAGUGUUAUCACUCAGGUGGAUAAUUUUACCGAGUUCCAGGACUUGGGCAAGGAAAUGCCAAUAUACCAAGGAAUGGACGUCGACCUGCCCGAGGACAAAGCGCGUCGUCUGGACGAGCUAAACACUGAACUUGCGGAGCUGAAACAACUGGAACAGUUGUACGUCGCCAAGGAGAAAUACAUGGUCAAGCUGAAAGAGAAGAUUAAACUCAUCAAUGAAAAAUUGGCUGGGUCAGAGACAGGCGCUCAGACAAAGAAAAGUAAGAAACCAAAGGUUGAUGUCUGUGGAUAUGACUCGCGGUUGAUCAUGAAUAACGAAAGAUGGAGUGAGUUCGAAGGCUCUGAUGAGUACAAGAAAAUGUUGCAAGAUGUUGAUCUCGGAAUGAGCGAUGAUCAGUUGAAGUCCGCCUACGAGGAGUCCCAACCGGUCUUGGGGCUCUGUAUGGUGGAAAAGAAAAAGUGUAUCAAGCACGCUACAUGGUUCAGUAUCCAAUACGACACAGUGAUGCUAAAACUAAACGAGAUUCUAUACAAAAUAGCCGAGGUGGAAAAGACCAAGUCUAGGCUGGAUCGCGAGUGGAACUUGGAGAAAAUUGAACAACAGUCUAUUUAA